UGUGUUGUGUGUUGUGUUUACUGUUUGUUUAGUUUAGUCUUAGUGUUGGGGGUUGGCAGUGGCUAUUAGCAGCACGUCAAGUCACCUCGUUUAGUGUUAGUGUUUGUUGUUUAGUUUGUCAAAAGUCAAUGUCAAUGUUUUUAGUUGGGUUAGGCUCCAGUUCUAAAUAAAACUUGUAUAUAUUGUAAAAUAUUUAUAGAUCAUUACAGCGUAGUCUACAUGGCAAGUAAUAUUAAAAACCCAGCAUUGUCACUGAAACAGUUUAUGUUAAGGCAACAAGUGUUGAAGCUUUAUAGAGAUAUUUUACGGAGUAUCAAACAAAUACCUGAUAAGGAGAGCCAGAGAGACUUAAGACAGUGGGCAAGACAAGAUUUUGAGACAAAUAAACAUCACACUGAGGAGAUAACUAUAAAAAUGAUGAUUAAGCAUGGAGAAAGAAGUUUGAAAGAAUUACAACAAUCUUUAGACCUGAGUUCUGCUAAAUAAAAGUUUGCUAUCUUGUUCAUUUUGUUGUAGGUGAAUAAAUAUAAUACUUAUCAGAUUAA